AUGCCUCUGAUGCACCAUAUUUCUGCAUCUUUGAGAUUCAAACUCUUCGGAAUUCGUUUCUCCUGUCCUCAAUUGCGUUUCCUAUUGGCCCAGCUGAUACAUGUAGAGGCAACGUCGGAAGAUGAUGUUACUACGAUUUGUAAUUCAUUUAGAAGAGGUUGGAGUUGGGAUAUCAUAAGCAGAAAGUUUGAUUCUUUUGAAUUGAAUGAUGCAACUGUGGAGAGAGUGCUGAUUGAGUUGAAGGAACCGCAUGAUGCCAGAAGUGCAUUGGGUUUUUUUCAUUGGUCAACAAAGAAGAAGAACAUUGAGCAUGGGGUUCGAUCUUACUGUUUAGCAAUCCAUAUUCUGGUCAGAGCCAAAUUGCUCAUGGAUGCUCGAGCACUACUUGAAUCACUUCUGAAGCAAAACAAGGAAAGUUCUUGGGGGUUUUUAAUUGUGGAUUCACUGCUUGACAGCUAUAAGGAAGGACAAUUGGAGAAAAUUGCAAGGACAUUGGAUCAGAUAAUGGGGAAGAGAAGCUAUCCUUCAGUGAUUGUCAAUGCGUACUUAAUUUUCAGGGUUUUAGAAGAGGGAAGAAUUGAAGAAAGCAUGGUAAUGUUGAAGAGACUGUUGCAAAAGAACAUGAUUGCUGAUUCAGUUGCUUACUCUUUAACUGUUUACGCCAAAGUUAAGAUGGGAGAUUUGGAUUCAGCACGGCAGGCAUAUGAAGAGAUGAUCACCAGAGGUUUCCAAGCAAAUAGUUUCCUUUACACAUCAUUCAUAGGCGCGUACUGUGAAGAGGGCAGAAUUGAAGAAGCAGAAAUUUUAGUCCAAGUUAUGGAAAAAGUAGGCUUGAAGCCAUAUGGUGAGACUUUUGAUCAUCUUAUCAAGGGAUGCGCAGAAACAGGGUGGUUGGAUAAGUGCUUGAGUAACUAUAAGCAAAUGUUGAGAGCUGGGCUUAUUCCCAGUUGUUUGGCAUUCAAUAAGAUGGUAGGAAAGCUCUGUGAAAGAGGGGAUGUGGCACAGGCGAAUGCCAUGUUGACAACCUUGUUAGAUAAAGGGUUCGUUCCCAAUGAUUUAACAUACUCUCUUUUGAUAGACGGUUAUGCUAAAAAGGAUGAGAUUCAGGAAGCUCUGAAGCUAUAUUAUGAAAUGGAGUACAAAUCUCUGUCUCCUGGAUCAUCUGUUUUCACGUCACUGAUACUGAGCUUCUGUCGUAAUGGAAAUUUGGAAGCUGCAGAGAAGUAUCUGAGGAUUAUGAAAAGUCGCUCCCUAGCCCCCAGUGCAGCUGCAUAUCAGACGCUAAUUGGUAGCUACCGGCAGAAUGGUGAUAGAAAAAGAGCUCUUCACUUUCAAAAUGAAAUGGCUUCUUUUGGAUUGUAAGCGUAGAAAUUGUGCUAAUGCGAACAAGUAGUGCAGUUAAACUUUUUCAGAGCCAAUUACUUCUUACUGUUCUGGACUGAUCACUGAUGUUCCGGACUUCCCUAGGAAAUUAUCAUUUUUAACUUAGAAUUCCUUUGAAAUUGAAACUGUUUCUGCCUGUCAAUGUAAUCGAGGAGUUGGUAGAAAAUCAUUUAAGAUGAUUUGAACUU